AACCAUUUAUUAUCGAUUUUUCCCAUCACGCCCUUUCGUCUCGUGUCUCGCGCGCGCGUUGUCGCCGCCACCGGAACCCUACGAAACCCCCCGCCGGUACCCCGUCGCCGAUUACGUCCCCCGCCGGCCGCCGCACUCGGCGAUGACAGCGGCGCGGCGGGGCCUGCUGCUCGACCGGUGGCGCGGGAUCCAGGAGGAUGAGGAGGCGUACGACGGCGGCGAGCCAUCCGCGGUCAAGCAUCGCCGCCUCAACCAGGCCAAGGAGGAGUGGUUUUCCCAUUGUUUUGAUUUUCUGGAAAGUGUGCCAAAAGAAGAGCAUAUUUGGUGUGGAUAUGCUGAUAUUAUGGGACCUUUUUUAGAAAUGUUCCACGGUUACUUUGAUGAACAAGAAAACUCGCCUCUUAGAAAAAUAUGGUCACGGGUUUCUCAAGAACUGGGUAUUUGCACACAAUGUGUGUGUGAACACCACCAGGCACAGGAAUCUUUUGAUACUGAAUGUCGUUCAGGUAGUGUUGACCCCCUUCUGAAAGUAUUAUGGCAUCUUGAUGAAGACAGGGUUACAAAGCAUCUUGAACAGAUCAAUGCAAAGAUUCAGCUUAAGGAAUAUGAUCCUUCCUGUCAUGGUGCAGAAGUUGUUUGCAUAAUGUUCGAAGUUUUGAUGUAUCCUAUUCUAUUAGAUGACCAAUCAUUGGCUAAUCAGUUCCAGAUGUUCAUUGAAACAAUUGAUGAAUCAUAUGAAGUGAGCCUUUCAACUAAUCAGCAAUAUCCUGGCGUUUAUGCGUUACUGUUCUUCAGAAGUUGUAAAGCUCGAGCAAUUGGGCUUCGCUUGGCCCGAUCCAUGGGAAAAUUAAGGAAAGCGGUUGACUUGGAACCAUUGCAACCCUUACUGCAAAAAUAUAUCGAUUUUCUGGAAGCGGAAGUUCUUCCCUCUACUUUAGAAUCUUCAAGACCUAGGGUGCAGCUCAAAAGAGCCGAUGUAUGGCUUGGAUUUAAAUCAUUCCUUGGAUUUCUUGAGGCUCCUGCUUUUGAAGAUGGGAUCUUGGAGAAAUACCCCAUCUUCCUGAAUAUUGUACUUAACCAUGUCAGUGAUGACGGAUCUGAUUUGUCAUGUUCUGUUAGUUGCCUCAAAGCAUCAUUUGAAAUGCUAGGCUGCAAACUUUGGUUAAGAACAACACUAUCACCUAGUGUUAUGCGGAACACAUUAUUGGGUCAGUGUUUUCACACUCGAGAUGAAAAAAGUCACAAGGAAAUUUUUGAUCUUUUCCUCCCAUUUCUUCAGUCACUUGAAGCGCUACAAGAUGGUGAACAUGAAAAGCAACGGAGGAACAUACUGUAUUUUCUUCUCCAUCAAGUAACUCGGAGUAGUAAUUUCAGUGCUCUGAUGAGAAAAAACGCUACUAAGAUUGCUCUUCUUAUUGUGCAAAGAGGCUACACAAUGAGCCCUCCUUGCCCAGCCUCUGAAUGCGCCCAUAUGUGGGGACCAUCUUUGAUAUGCUCGUUAAAGGAUGCAUCCUUACAUAGCUCUCUGCGUCAACCUGCAUUUGAUCUCAUCAAUAUUCUCAUAGUCUCUGAUGCUUCUGCCUUGAUUUCCUUUAAACUGAAGUAUGAGUAUGCCACAAAGGAUGAUGUAAGCAACUCUGUCAUGUUCGCUGACGAUGAGGAUGAACUGCCUUUCACAAAUGACACUGCAGAAAAGGAGUGCAGUUGUUGGAAUGAUUUCAGUGUUCUGAGCAAGUUGACGUUUCGGGGAUGCAAGGAUUGGACAUGUGUCCCUUUGUUAUGGUAUCUUGUAAUGGUCCAGUUAGAACCCUCUAAACUGCCUAUAGCUUUUUCGAAAGCAGUGUUUUGGGCUCUGUCUCAUAUUUCUGUCUUGGAGCCUGGGUUAGCUACGGAGUCAUCAGUGCCUGUGAAUGAUUGGUUAUUGUCGCAUGCUGGUGAAGUCUCUCCAACAUUUUCAUGGCAAGUUCCAAAUGGCGCUGAUGAUGGUGGAGGUGGGAAGGAUUGCAUCAAUACUGUUAAGGUGUCAAAAUUUGGUACCCUGUUAUUGAGAAUAUUUAAAAGAUUUGCAAUUCAUUUCAUCAUGCAAAUUGAGCAAUGUGGGCUUCAAAAGCAAUGGACAUGGGAAUCAAUGAUGGCAGAAAGCUUGAUUUUGGCACUAGUUGAUCACAAUGAUAAUGUGCGUCAAGCUGGGAGGGCUGUCAUGGAACAUGUAUCCCAAGCACGCGGUUUGACUUCUGGGCUUCAAUUUCUGUGCUCAAGUGCAUCUUCACUGUCUGCUGUUUUCGUGGGUCUAAGAUAUGUCGUUCAACUGGUGGAAAGCCAGUCCGUUUUAGCAGAUUUUCAUAGUCUUCAUCACUUGUUUUUUGUGGUGUGCAAAUUAGUAAAGGAGGACAUUGCUCAGCAGCCUUCAGUUGCACAGCCAGCAAAACCUUCUGAAGGUGGUUUCUUGCGUCAACCAUUUUCAAAUGUACUAAUUACCCCACCAGAACAUGCUGUUGAUAUUAUCACUUGGGAGAAGUUCAGCACACUGCUUUCGGUAACUCUUUGGCCUUUUAUUUCCACGUGCUUGAGAAAGGGAGAGGAGCUAAUAAAUACCAAACAAUGCCAGAUAUCAUGUGUUCGAGUGCUUGAGUUGCUUCCCCUUGUCUAUGAGAGGGUCAAUUCAUAUUGUACCCAACCAUUUAGUGUGACGACAAUGGUUCCGGACUCUAAUGAUAUUACAUGGCUUUUUCACUUGAUUAACUGGGGCAAAUCAUCUCUCCUUGUUAUCAGUAGGCACUGGAAACAGUGCAUGCUAUCUUUAUUCAAAUUACUAAAAGGUUCACAUAGUGGCUCCAUUCAACACCACAUUGAAGAUCUUGGUGAUACCUUUUCAAAUGAUGUAAUUGAUAUGGAUGAACUCAAAGGGAGAAUUUCAAAUCUUAAUCUUGCGGUCUUCAAGAAGCCUCCCGCAGAAACUGAAAGGAGAGUGGUGGACGGUCUGCCAACACCUGCAAAAUCAAUUGCCAGUAUCCCUUCUCUGAUUGAUUAUACAGUUCGGGAGAGACAUACUGGUGGGGAUAAUCUCGAGACUGUGAAACCCUCUCAUGGGUCUGACAGUGAACACAUAAUUCUCCUUUCAGACAGCGAAGAAAAUUUGCCUACUGGUGAUGCCACUGGCGAGGAGGUUUUAUCAUCAGUAAAGGAGAACGACAGUUUGAUUGCUUCAGAUCAGUUGAAAGCAGUUAAUCCUUCUAAACAAAGAAUGCCAGCAGAAAAUAGACAUGUGUCUUUAAAACAGCAGAUAUGUAAACCAGUUAGUGAUAUUAGUGCCUCUUCUAAACCUGUAUCAACAGACAGUAGAAGCACAAUUGCUGCCUCAAAAGGAUUAGGUGGAAGGAAAAUGCCAAGUAUUCCAGUGAAUACAAAUAAUACUUCCCUUUUACCAAACAAGGUUAAAUCAUCUGUUAGUGCCAUUCCUCGACCAUCACGUCCGAAUUCGUCAUCGGAUGUAGGCAAAUUUAAGUCAAUCUUCAGAGAUAUAUCUGAUGAUGAAGAUGAUCCCUUAGAGCAUGCACUUGACAAUUACAGAAGGCCACAACUUCGUGUAACAAAGUCUGCCAUAUUAGUUCCUAAAAGGCAAGUAGUGCAACUUCAGUUGCCUGCCGAAAAGAGACAGGCAUCUGGCAGACCGGAUGCUAAUUCUCGACGAUUUGUCCCUCCUAAACUGGACAGCUGGUUUAAGAGUAUCUUGGAAAUGGACUACUUUGCUGUUGUUGGGCUAUCUUCUUCUGAGAUAAUAAAGAAACCUGCUUUAAAAGAAAUUCCUGUAUGCUUUGAUUCACAAGCUCAAUAUGUUGAGAUUUUCCAGCCACUUGUUAUAGAAGAGUUCAAAGCUCAGUUGCAGAAUGCCUAUGUAGAAACCCCUCCAGAAGAUAUGACAUGUGGCUCUAUAUCUAUACUCUCAGUUGAAAGAGUUGAUGAAUUUCUUGUUGUUCGUGGUCGUGCUGAGAACAGUGUGUGUGUCAAAUCUAAAGGGUGUACAGAGAAUGAUUUAAUACUGUUCACCAAGGAUCCACUGAAAAGUUCUGGACAGCAAGUCCAUGUACUUGGAAAGGUGGAUCGGCGUGAGACUGAUAAAAAUAAGGCAUUAAUUUUUGUUAUAAGGUUCUUUCUCUCUAACGAGAAUGUGCGUUUAAAUAAAGUAAAACGACUUCUUGUUGAAAGAAGUAAGUGGUUCUUCAGUCGGGUUUUGAGCAUGACUCCUCAACUCCGAGAGUUCAGCGCUCUCUCAUCAUUAAAUGAUAUUCCAGUGCUUCCAGUAAUCUUAAAUCCUGUUUCAAGUACUGCAACCAACCAUGAAUCUGGAAAAGUGUAUCUUGAUAAACUUGCACGCCCUAUGCGGAAGGUAUUGAAGUCAUCAUACAAUGACAGCCAGCUCCAAGCUGUAAGUAUUGCCAUUGGACCAACAAGCUCUAAAAUGAAAUGUGAUCUGUCUCUUAUUCAGGGCCCUCCAGGUACCGGCAAAACCAAGACUAUUGUUGCGAUUGUGAGUGCAUUACUUUCUUUACAUGCCGAUAGCUCUUACAAUUUACCGAGACAUGGACCUCUGGCUAGUGCUGAAUUUACUAAACCAAGAACAAGAAUUAGUCAAACUGCUGCAGUAGCUAGAGCUUGGCAGGAUGCGGCCCUGGCUAAACAACAGAUAAAGGAUUCCCAGAGAGAAAACCCUAGGACAGAACGCCUUUCAAAAGGAAGGGCUCUCGUAUGUGCGCAGUCAAAUGCGGCAGUUGAUGAACUUGUGUCAAGACUCGGUGAUGGAUUAUAUGAUGCUGAUGGAAAGCUGUAUAGACCUUACAUAGUGAGGGUUGGUAAUGCAAAGACAGUUCAUCCUAAUUCAAUGCCUUUCUUUAUUGACACACUUGUUGAACAAAGGCUGUCAGAUGAGUUAAAGACUAACAACGAAUCCAAAGUUUCAUCUGAUGCCAAAUCAUCUGGCUCUCUUAGGGCUAGUUUGGAGAAGGUUGUGGACAGAAUUAGAUUUUACGAGUCAAGGCGGAAACUAAUGGAUCGUGAUAAAACAGAAAAUGACUCUUCUGGACCUGAUGAAGAUGAGAUAGAUGAAGUUUCUGAUGAAGCGAUUGGUGCAAAGCUCAAUAUUUUAUAUACACAGAAGAGGGCAGUUUCUGCUGAACUUGCCACUGCUUAUGCAAGUGAAAAGAAAAUUGCGGACGAAAACAAGUCCCUUAAACACAAGGUGAGGAAAUCAAUUCUUGGGGAAGCAGAAAUUGUUGUGACAACACUCAGUGGAUGCGGAGGUGAUAUUUAUGGAGUUUGCUCGGAAACUGCUUCAGCUAAGAAAUAUGGGAAUUUCUCUGAGCAUGGUUUGUUUGAUGUUGUUGUUAUCGAUGAAGCUGCACAGGCUCUUGAGCCUGCAACUUUGAUUCCACUUCAGCUGCUCAAGUCGAAAGGAACUAAGUGCAUAAUGGUCGGUGAUCCAAAGCAGCUACCUGCUACUGUGAUGUCUGGGUUGGCUAGCAAGUUUCUUUAUGAGUGCAGCAUGUUUGAACGCCUACAAAGAGCUGGCUAUCCAGUUAUUAUGCUCACUAAACAGUACCGUAUGCACCCUAACAUUAGCAGAUUCCCAUCUUUGCAUUUCUAUGAAAAUAAACUGCUGGAUGGUGUUCAGAUGGCUGAGAAAUCAGCUCCGUUCCAUGAACACAAUCAUCUUGGUCCAUACAUGUUCUUUGAUAUUGCUGAUGGCCGUGAGCGUUCUGGAACGAAUGCUGCCACUCAAUCACUCUGUAAUCAAUAUGAAGCUGAUGCAGCGCUUGAAAUACUGUCAUUUUUAAAGAACAGAUAUCCAGCAGAGUUCUCCUGUAGAAAGAUAGGGAUCAUAACUCCGUACAGGAGUCAGCUCUCCUUGCUGCGUUCAAGGUUCACUUCUUUUUUUGGGCCUGAGAUUGUUGCUGAGAUGGAAAUCAAUACAGUAGAUGGAUUCCAAGGCCGGGAAGUUGACAUCUUGGUGUUGUCAACUGUUAGAGCCUCCAACUCCUCAGGUGACAGACAUCACGCCGGUGAAGCACGUAGCAUUGGGUUUGUUGCAGAUGUUAGACGUAUGAAUGUGGCGCUAACACGUGCCAGGUUUUCUCUGUGGAUUGUUGGAAAUGCAAGAACAUUGCAAACCAACUCACAUUGGGCCUCCUUAGUACAGAAUGCCAAAGAACGGAAUAUGUUUAUCUCAGUUGAGAGACCAUAUGGUUUGAUCUUUGGAAAAGUUCAUGGUGCUACUCACAGCAACUAUAAUAGUCACCUUAAGCAGCAGAGGGAAAAUGAAAAGGCUAGCAUGACAAACUCACGGACAGUUGAUGCACAACUCCGUAAAGAGCAUUUGAGACAUGCUGGCAGGGCUACAGAAAAGGAAGGUAUAAGUUUACGUGAUGAUCAAGCAAAAAGAGCAUCCCGCUGGGAUCGAAAGAGUCCUAAAGCUCAAGACUCUACCAUGAGAACUAUCGAAGAAAAUAAACCAGCAGUGCAGAAUGGUGAUAUGAGGGAUUCAAAGGGCUCAAUGGAACAACAUUUUGAUCAGGACUCAGUGAUGAGAGAGCAAGGCGUGGAAAACAACUUGUCCAUGCAUAAUGUUAAUCAUCUGGAGCUUGCUAAAAGGAUGGCAACAGGGGAUCCCCCUGAUGGCUCGUAUGUCAGAAGGCAAAGGGAAAAUAAGCUUGUUAAGGAGAAUAUUGGUAUGGGAACUGACAAGCCCUUGUUUAAGGAAGAUGCACCCAAGAAUUCCAAGGUGAGAGUAUAUAAUGGAGAAAAUAUUGCCAACCAAGACAAUGAUAUGGGAACCAUCAAGGGUUCGUCAAAACGUGGUUCCAUUCUGAAAUCAGUGUCCAAGAAAGCUGAUGAUUGUCCACCAACACAUUGUGAUAUGCAGAAGUUGAUACAAAAGGCUAAAGGAGUAAGGAAGUUUUCUGAAAAACCGAGAUCCAGUAAUUCAAGCCAAGAGGAUCCCUCACUUAAUCAUGAUGCAGUUACCGAAUCAGCAAAUAAGAAUAGUGGUACUGGUUCACCCACAAUCCCUGUUAUGAAGAAAAUGACUAGUAAGGUCAAAGGGGCAAGGAAGUUUACUGAGCAGCCAAGAUCUGGGAGUCCUUCAGUUCCAUCACGUUUUGAUGAAGCAAGUAGCCAUACACGGGAAGUCAUGAAAAGCCAGGGUACUAACCCAACUGUAACUAGUCAAAAUCAUCAAAUUGCAGCAAGGAAGCGGCAAAGGGAGGAUGUCGAAUCUUUACUUUCUUCAGCCCUUAUCUCGUCGAAGAAGCCUUCCUCAAAGCAUCCUAAGAAGAAACAAAAUAAGAACAUGUAGCAAAGGUGGUAGCAGACAGACAGACAGUUCGUCUGCUUAGCAGCUUUUAACAUACUGAUGAUCAUCUCAGAAAUACUGCAUAUGCUGCCGCGAUGUGCUGCCAGUACGUGGAACAGUGAGUUUCCAGAGCUAGCUUAUCAACUGAUUUUGUGAGACAGGAAGUUCCUGUGACACGGAUAGAUAUUUUGGAGCCUUUUCCCCUGACUAUCCAUGUGGAUACCUAAAAUAGAAGUACAUCCGUUUGACAAAUAGGAGGUCAUUAGUUUCUUUUAGUCUAAUUCGGUGAUGCAAUUGGUACAAGUACAAAGUUAAUUUUAUCCUGCGAAUAUUUGUACAUUAGAUGGAAAUACAUGGGCUGGUGUAAUGAAAGCGUGUACCACGUGUCUUGCAGAACGAAAGCCUUGUACUUAGGCUUGUUCAUGCGUAUGUUACUUCCUCCGUCCCGGUUUUCAAGGCCUAUGUGGAAUUUAAUGCUGAA